AUGAUUAAUAAAGAGAUAAAUUUCUCUAACAUUCCUUCAGACAUUUUAGGUCAUAUAUUUGCAUACUCUGGAUUUAAAUCUUUCUUAAGAUGUCAAGAAACUUGUCAGAAUCUACUGCAUAGUUGCUCCGGCCUAAAGACGGUCUGGACAUAUUUUGGUAUAAAGAGAGGAAUUAUAGAAGAUGGAUUUUGUGAUAGGGAAAUGUUUAUAGAAAGAGCAUUGGAAAUAUUUCGUUGGAAAAAUAAGAUACCUAUUCAUAUUUGGAACUAUCCAGUUUUGGAUUCUACACAAAGAUUUGGUACUUCUACAAAAGAAUCAGGUAGUAUAUUUACAAAGGAUAAUGUUUGGCAAAAUAUUCAAAAUCUGAUACCUCGAGGUUGCUCAUUUUCAAUCCCAACAAUUCAUAUAAUCAAAGGUUUAAUGUAUAAUAUAGAAUAUCCUAUUGAAUCUUUUUAUACUAGUAAUUCAAAUUCUACAGUAAGAUUGGAAUAUAAGAGUAUUGGAUUUUCAAAAGUGAAUGUUAUUAGUUGGUGCAGAUGCUCUAAAAAAAGUGAAAUUCAAUAUAUUUUAGUUAUUGGAAGAGAUAUAGAUAGUGAAAGAUGUAAAGUUCAUGAAAAUAAAUCUUCCAAUUCCCAUAAUGCCAGUAACAACUUUUUACUUAGAUCUGAUUCACCAAAUUUUAUUGAAAGAUCUUACUUAUUAAAAUUAUGGCAAUUUAAUAAUUCACUAAUUGAAGAUGGUACAAUAAAAAUAUCUACAAGUUUUAGUAUUGGUGAUCAUGGAGAAAUAAUAGCAGUAGAUAGUUUAGAAUGGAAUAAUGCAAUAUUCUUUGGAGUAGUUACUAACUAUGGAGGAGUAUAUCUAAUAUCCCUUCCAUUAGAUAGUAAACACAAAUUAUCUUCUUGUAAUGUAACUCAAUAUAAUAUUAAUGAACAGAGGGAUCUAUCAAAAUCAUCAAUACAAUUAUUUGCAAAGUCUAUACAAGGAGAAAGUAAAUUGAAAGUGUGGAUAGCAUCUUGUCUAUCAAAUUAUGGUUCUAAGCUAAAUUUUAUUUCAAUAAUAACUAAUUCCUCAAAUUUUAUGUUGUGUGAAUAUAUAAAAACAAUUUUAUCUAAUGAUAUGCGAACUUUAGGUUGUUGCAUGGCACCAAGUGUUGGUAUAUUUUUUAUAUGGUCAGCUUAUCCAAGAUGUUUUACUACUUAUUUCACUGUAAAUAUCAAAUUAUAUCAUGAUUUAUUUAAUAGAGAUAAUAUAAAUAUGAAUAAUUCUGGAACUAAUAAUGUUAACUCUUCUCAUAAUCCAAGUUUUGAUCAUAGUGAAUUGUGUUACUUAUCUACAUCUAGUUUCUCAAACUCAGUAAAUCCACUAAAUGAAAUAACAAACAGCUAUAGCCUUGUUCCAAAAUUAGCAAAAGUUCUUUACGAAGAUAAGAGUAGUCAUACAGCAACAUUUUGUGUUACUCUUGGAAGGGAUUUAUUACUAAGGCGUGCAUAUUGGAUAUAUAAUGAAAAUAAUACUUCUAUUGAAUGUUAUGUAAUUGAUUUAUGCCAAUUUAAAGGUCAUAAUCAUGAGAUAUAUUCUUUGAGUUUUGAUGGGAACCGUAGAAUCGCUACACUUGAUAUUGGGAAUUACUUAGUAGUGUGGGAUUUAUUUUACCAAAAGAAGCUUUUUGGAUGUUUUAUUGAGGAUGACGUAUUUGGCUAUGCAUCCGAUGAUGAGGAAGAUUAUUCUGAUGAGUUUGAAGAUGAAUAUGAUGAUGGAAUUGAUCUUCAUAUUAGUAAGAAAAGUAGGAUAAAGGCUAAAGGAAAAAAAUUAAAAGCCAAAGCGAAACAUCAAAUAUAUAACAAAUCUCAAGGGCCUAAUUUACAGUGUAGAAAUAUUCUAAAUCUCUAUAUAACAUCAGAAAUGAUAGCAUUUUGGUCGCCUAUUAAGCAGAGGUGGUAUCAAUUAAUAUUUGGUACUGGUAAAUAA